AUGUCUCUGAACGUGUGCUUGGGCUCCCUGCUCGUGGUCGUGGCGUCCUGCGCGCUGCUGCUGCGCUGGGCCGCGUGCGCCCUGGAGGUGCGCGCCCUGGCGGGCCCCGCGGAGGGCAGCGGGGCCCGCGGGGUGCGGGCCGCUCUCGAGAUCGCCGCGGGGGCCGCGGGGGCCCUGGCAGUGGCGCACGGGGGCUCGCACCCCCUCACCCAGGGUCAUCCAGUGGUGGCCCUGGUGUCCACCCUGGACGCAUCCCUCCCGUGUCUCCACCUCGCGGUGCUGCUCGUGGCCCAGGCAGUGGGCGCCCUGGCUGGGCGACUCUGCGUGGAGCGCCUCUGGGCGACGCAGUUUUCCUUCCACCACGUCAUCCGGCACAUGUUGGCGCGCGCCGGCGAGUGCGUGGUGUCGCCGCCGCCGGCUGUGGUGGUGGUGCCAACCGCCACAACCACCGCAACCGCAGCCGACGGUGGCCACCAGGCGCUGAUUGAAGCCAUGCUCACAGAGGCGGCGCUGUCCGUGGUGCUAGCGCUGGUGGUGUUGAGGCUCGGGGUGCCCUCCUCCACCUCCUCGGCCAAGGCUGGUGGAGCAUCCACCACCACUACCACCACCACCACCAGCAGCGGCGGCGACGUCGGCACAACCACAAGCACCACCAGCAGCAGCAGCAGCAGGAGAAGCGGCGGCAGCGGUAGGGUCGACGUGGGCCCCGUGUCCCGCACGCGCGCCCUGUUCAUCGCGGCCUGCGUGGCCACGCUCAGCUGCAUCGUGGAGUCGACAUCUCUGGGCGUCUUCAACCCCGCGGUGGCGCUGGCCCUGAUGUGGGGCUGCUCCACUCCGUCCCCGUCCAGGCUGGGACUCGUCUACCUACUCGCACCUGUGCUAGGCGCGCUCCUCGCAGUGUUCCUCUACCGGGGCCGUGUCCCUCUGCUCUUCUCGCGCCAGCUGCUCUACCGCACCAAGCCGCGUCCCGGCCCUCCGCCCCGGCCAGCACAGCCCGCGGCGACGGCUGCACCGCAGCUCCGGGCCAGGACACAGGGAGCAGGCAAGAAGGCGGUGACAGCGGCGGCGGCACCGGCGGCGACGCCGACGGGCAAAGCCGCGUCGCUCAACGCGGGCAAGCGGGGUAAAGCGCAGUGAGGCGGCGGAAACUACCUACCCACCACGAGGCACCGGGCACGCGACCCCACCCGCACCACGACUGCCAAUCGAGGCCCAGGACCGACUACCGAGUUCUGUCCGCGAUCCUGUGCGCUGCGACGACGCAGCGAUCCACCCACCGAGCGCGCCUGCACGCGAUCCCAUUCCGUCGCUCCGUCUCCUGCGGCAGACGGGCCCCCUCUUCCGGGCACGUUUCCCUACCCUUGGCUGCCACUCGGGUCGCCAGCGUGAGAAUCGGUGUCGGUCGACGGAUCGCUACGACCAUUAUUGGCCAGAGGGGUAACCACGCAGGUGGGUAGAGUAUAAUGCUGCACGCGCUCGCUCGCUCUCUCUCUCUCGUAUGCCCACACGCACGCAUCCGCCACAGCUCGCGACACGACCUCUCGAGUGCGAAUGUGAGAAUUUAUUACGAGGUCACAGUCCCCCCCCC